UGCAGAUGUAAUAUAGCUGAGCGUCACUAAAGUGUUCUCCAUUAACCGCGCAGCGUAAUGCGCAGAGCGCACAGGGAAGAAUGGAAAGGAAUAAGACCUAUAGAUCAGUCUGAAUCCACAGAUAUGCAUUAUACCCUAAAGUAGAGAAAACCAAUGUUAAACUGCCUUUAAUAUCAACGCGUAUCUUUUACUGCAUUUGAGAGGUUGGAUUACUUGUCUGCGUUUUACGCGGACCUGGAUGAGUCUUUUUUUCUAGGGGAAUAUCAGAGUGAACCGCGCGGAAUUGCUUUUUUUUAGGCAGUUUGCACGAGUAAGGUAAGAUUGCAUAUCAUGGGCACUCUGCUGGCAUUAAUAUUAGCGCUCUCCCUGAGCGCAUCAUGGGGAUGCCAACUGCCCCACGACUGGAGACCUCAGACGGAAGCGUGCCGCGCAGAGCUGGCGGAGAUCAUAGUCUUUGCCAAGGUGCUCGCUCUCCAUAAAGAGUCUUACAGCAUGUACAACUACCUGCCGUGGCAGUACGACACGGAUCUAUUCUUCUCCGCGGAGAUCGAGCUGCUAUGCGAUCAGGCAUGGGGCAGCAUGCUGGAAGUGCCAGCCGGGUCCAGGUUCAAUGUCAGCGGGUUGGGGUAUUUCCCCUGCUACUCGUACAGUGUCAUGGAGAACAACUCAUAUUAUUUCUUCUUAAGGAUGGAUGAAAACUACAGCAUCAUUCCCCAUGGAGUCAACUUCCAGGACCCCAUCUUCUCUGACACACCAGAGAACCAUCGCAUGUUUGCCAGCUUGUUCCAGUUUUCGAACUGCACAGCUGGCACACAGGUUCACAUGUACACCCCAGACUGGGAGGUACAGGAGGACAACAGACUAUGGUGCUCCAACGUGCAGAAGGCCUUAUUUGAGGAGGAAGAGAAAGUCAAAGACCUCUCCCAGAAAGUAAAGGUCCUGGAGAAAGCCAACAAUCACCUGAGGGACAAGGUGAAGAACAUGAAACGUCUCUUGAGGCAGGCCAAACGUGAGACCAAAGAGCCAGUUCAAAGCUUCAAACAGCUUCACGAAGCUGAACCAGAGUUACCACAUCCACAACAGGACACCACCCAGGAUCAGAAAUCCACUCUCAGGAAAAUCCUGCCCAAAAAAGCUUAAGAACUAAAAGCCAUUCCUGCAUUGGAAGAAAUUUGAUUACAGAAAAUUACAGUGUAUUGGAAGAUCCAGACUAACUUUUCUUUACUGACUUCAUAUAGUUUAGACAAACAGCUUUUUCAUAUAACUGGCUGUAUAAUAUCAUGAAAAGUCAAAAAAAAAAUUUGACUUCACAAUCAUUAAAAAAUAACAUGAUCCUUUUAUCAAAAUGUGAAAAUACUGAUGCAUUGCGAUUUUCAACCACAACAUGAGGUAAAAAUGCCAAUAAAAUCCACAUAGUAUUUUUUUUUUUUUAUUCUGACUAGAAGCAGAUGAUGUUAAUCAGGCAGAGCCUGACAAUAUACAGCACAGUGUUUUGAAUUUAUUUGGACAGGUGGUUAUAUGGAAAUACAUUUUGGCACAAUGUAGCAACACUUGAAAAAAUAAUAAAAAAUAAAUGAAUAAAUUUAAGAAAAAAAUCACCCUUGUCCCCUUGCUGUAUAAGUCAUUCAUCUUAAAACUCCAAGAAACAUUUACUGUCGAGUGCGAGACAGACCAAAAAAUAAAAACUUCUUUUUUUUUUUUUUUUUUUUUUUUGUGUGUGUGUGUGUGUGUGUGUGUGUAGAAGUGUUUCCAUAUGUAAAGUCUUAUUUGAGCUUUUAUGUCUAAAAUAUAACCUUAAGAGUCAAUCUACAUCAUGACUCUGUUGUUUUGGGAUGAGCUUUCCUUCCAGUUUUUCAUGUAAUAAUUUCAAGUUAUAUAUUAGUUUCUUAUGAGUUUUAUAAUUGCAAACAGGGUGCUGAGCACUUAAUAAAUGUAAUCUUUACUCAGUGAAGCUUACCUUAAAGUGAACUGUUCAUCAUUUAAAGAACAAUUUACUGACAAGGUUUUGAAACAGUUGUUUUUGUUAAUUUGUUAUUUCUGUUCUUGUUAAUCUGUCAAUUAUUGUUUCCUGUUUACCACAUUCACAUGUAUGCUAAUGAAAAAUAAAAUAAAUGUCACAU